UCACCGCUUGUGACUCCGUAGGCAUGUAGUCUGACUGUCUGAAGCUGCCGUGAACCGUGAAACGGUUGAAGUGUGUGGAAACAAACUGCUGCUUAAAAAGGAGAGUUUUUAUUUUGAGGCUUUUUUUGUUAGGGUGUACCUCAGACGAGUUUGUCGUUUCUUUAUUAGAGAGCAUCUUCGGACCGAGACCUAACGUACUCUUGAAUGUCUUCAGCGUGAGCCUGUCUAUUAUGUGUAUAUGACGGUUUAUUUAACAGCACUUUACUCUCGUAUCGAAUGAGGUAACCGUACAAACCGGUAAUAAAAUGUCUGAGAUGAUGUCAGAGAAGCGAUACUCCAGCAUGGAUGAGUCCUCGCUCCGCAAUCUGCUUGAAAAAACCAUCGACAUAGAUGAGCGGCGUCUGAUCCGGACAGCGAUCCGGGAGCUGCAGCGUAGCGAGAUUGAAGAAAUGGAGGCAGCGCUAACCAGCAAACGCUUCAGACGUGCCCAGCAUGACAGGCACGAGGAUAAAGAAAACCAGUGCCGUCCUGAUUUGACAGCUUCUUUAGACAUGCUUUCGGGGAAAAUCCAGGCUAUACAUGACAUUGAAGAACUCACUGGACUGUUACAAAGCGCCAGUGAAUAUGAAGAGAGAAAACUCAUUCGGGCAGCCAUUCGCCGGCUGAGAGAUGAGGAGAUAAGAGGAGCAUUAGAGAAGGUUCAGACCGCUGGCCAGAGAACAGAGCGACGACAAAAUCCUCAAAGCAGCUUUGACCUACAGGACGUUCAAGAGAACAUCAAGGCAGACGCACUUGUUAGCCAAUCAGAGAGAAUUGAGAACCACAGAGAAGCCUCGAACCCUGACAUGGUUUUAGUACUAGAUCCUUUGGUCAGAGAGAAAGUCUCUUGCCCUCUCACCCAGCGGAUCCAAUGCGAUCAUGGCUCUCCAUCCUCAGAAGUCAUUCCUUCAUUCCGAGAGCGCUCAGACUCCGGAGAAUCGAAUGACAGCAGCUCCUAUCAGAGAAAGAGGCUGAACUCCAGCGCUUCAGACCGUAGUCAAGAUUCCCUGUCUGCUGCCGAACCUCAUCUGACGGGCCAGAGCUCACGCUUGGGACCGGCUGCAGAGGAAGUGAGGGAAGGUAUGAAUCCAGAGGCUCCGCAGAUGGAUCGAGACUUGAAGAAGCUUGACAACGGCCUGGAUAAGACUGACUUUCAGAGCACAGCAGGUUCAGAAGCGUGCACACUGAACGAGACCUGUAAAAGAGCUGAGGACAUCUCAGGACAGAGGAUCAUAUCAGGUAGAAAUGCUCUCGUGACUUCUCUUACUAACGGGAAGGAUACAGAUUUUAAAAACAAAGCCUCAUUCUCCGGGCCCGUCAUUCGCACAAACUCCGUUCGUGACAGGAUGCGCAAGUUCGCCGAACCUGUUGCGAACGCACCUAAAAUCGGCCACAGCUAUUCUCAUUCUGCAAACACAGAGAGGUCCCGGGACGCCUCGUCCUUUUCUUCCUCCAUCCCAAAGAAAGAGAGGAAUGUCACUGAGAACACGUUGGCCCAGCCCAGGCUUUUCUCCAGCCAAUCACACGCCGCAGUGGGCGGCUCACACGGCCGCUCUGAAAAUGUCAGGCGUGCGUGUGGCGGCUCAGAAGAAGUGCAGACUCCUGAGGGAGAAGCAUCUUCAGGAACCCACGACACCCGGGGUGAACCCGAGUCCAACAUGAAGACCUUCCUCACCAUUGAGAUCAAAGACGGACGAAACCCAGCUUCCCAUUCUACGCUGUCGUCGUCCUCUGCAACUGUAAACAUGACCCCUCGAAUCAUCACCUCUGCUGUUCCACAGAGAACAGAACUGACGCUUGGUUUGAGAGCGACACCGUUCAAAGUGACCACCUCAAGUCUCUCGACUUCACCGUCUGUCAAGAUGGAGACGGAGCCUAUUUCCCUGGUGGCUGAAUCUGUGAGCGAGGCGCCCCGUGACGUCCCUGUGCUUCCUAACGGCUCAUCCAUGACCUCCAUAAAAAGCGAGGUGCAAACUGAGAAGCUGACCUCAGAGAAGCUGCAGGACAUUGAGGACGAGGAGAUCCUGGACAAAAUGCUUGAUGAUUGCAAGGAUUUUGAAGAAAGGAAAUUGAUCAGGACUGCAAUGAGAGAACUGCGAAAGAAAAAGCGAGAGGUUAGGCUUGGAUGCACACAGGAGGAAAUGGACCAGAGAGAGAGGGAGCGAGAUCUGCGUCUGCAGGAGCUCAGGCAGCAGCGGGAGGGGAGAUCUCAGAAAACCCGUGCGGGUGCAGACAGCAGUGAAGUCGUGAUGAAGAAGGUCGAGCGCUCCGCUGAUGGCUCCGUCAGUCACAUCACCAAUCGUGUUUCCCAUUCAGAUGAUACUGGCAGGACGUCCCGCAGCACUAUCAUGGAAUCCAGCUAUGUUCAAAAGACAGACAAGGGAACAGUGCAAACAAAAUCCUACAGUUACUCCAGCACCACGUCCACUAGGAAAGUUGGCAGUGUUUUUGACCGGGAGGACAACACGUCUCGUAGCUCCAGCAGAUCAUCUGCUCUCGAUCGCAGACAGGCCGAGAGAUCGGAGCUGAUGAGGGCUCAGUCGUUACCCAAGACAUCUGCAGCACAGGCACGAAAAGCCAUGAUCGAGAAGCUGGAGAACACUGGAGGCUCUGGAGGCAACUCAGCCAUUACUCAAGUAAACAAGGUGCAGCGCUCAACAAGCUUUGGUGUCCCCAAUGCAAACUCCAUCAAACAGAUGCUGCUGGACUGGUGCAGAUCCAAGACCCGUUCCUAUGAGAAUGUGGACAUCCAGAACUUCUCCUCCAGCUGGAGUGACGGCAUGGCGUUCUGUGCUCUGGUGCAUAACUUCUUUCCAGAGGCCUUCGAUUACUCCAGCCUCAGUCCCGCAAACCGCAGGCAGAACUUUGAGGUGGCCUUCAGCACAGCAGAGGCCUAUGCUAACUGCAUGCCCCUGCUGGAGGUGGAGGACAUGAUGAUCAUGGGUAAGAAACCCGAUUCCAAGUGCGUGUUCACGUACGUUCAGUCACUGGUGAACCAUCUGCGCAGGCACGAGAUGAUGAUGGCGCGGGCGCAACAGUCCUCCGACUUCUGAUGCUCCACGCGCUCCGACAACUCGGUUUUCAUUCUGAUCCUGUUACAUUUCAACAGUUAAAAUUGUGUUUACCUUCCAGAUAGAUCCAAAGAACUCCUCCUCUAACAGCUGUAAAAAAAACUCUCUAGGGAUUUUUAUGAAUGAAAAAGAUUUUUUACACUAGUUCAAACUAACAGUAGUUUGCUCCAAAAAAAAAAGCGAAAAUUCCAAGUUAUAUUUAGUACAACUCCCAGGAUGCCUAUUACUUGAUUUCACGUGCUGAAAACGAAGCAUUAUUUGAUGUUUAUUGCCCAUGUGUAUGGUUUUAAAAGCUUUUAAACCUGUUUCACGGUACUGUUGCUGUUAAUGGAGCUCAGACCUGCAUGCUUUCACAAGUUUACGUGACGUUUUAGUUCUGUUUUUAAAAAAAAUGAAGGUUAUAUUUUCAUCUGUAUGCAAUAUUGUGUUUAUUUAAAAACGUUGCGAGAAUAUUAAUCUCACUGCUUGUUUAGUGCGAGACGCAGCUCAUGAACUGUUUUUAAUGUUUUUCACCUAACUAAUAGUUAUUUCUAAUUGAAAGUUUGGUUUUCCACUGAACACGGACGUACAGAUGCACUAAUGAUCUGUCGUUAUUUAUAGAUGAGUUUAUUUUGGAUUUGCUGAUUAUUCCUGAGCUUCAUUUGGAAACAAUGUCCCAAAACAUAAGCUUAAAGGGUCUGUUUUGUACAUCUUUACAACAUGGCUUUCAGCCAGUAACAAAGUGUAAUUUAAACAGUGUAUAUAUAUAUAUGUAUGAGUAUCCCUAGCGAGUCAUGAGUCAAUUUGAGAAGAAGAAUAAUGUUUUAGCAGUAAAUUCAUCUGAAGAGGUCAAUGAUGUUUAUAUAUUUGGUUCUAAAGAUGUAGUUGUAGUUUUAAUUGUUUUAAUGACUGCACAUAAUUUAAUUUUGAAGACGAAACACAGCUACUGCAGCAGCCACACCAGAGAGUGACUUUGCUUGGUACUUGAAGGUUGCAUGGGUAGAGCUAAUUAGCAUUAAUUCACACUGAAAGGUGAACAUUAAUAUUGUUUGUACACACUCAUUCAAAAACUGUCGUUCACUCAGUAUUUCCCUACACCAUGGUUUUGUAUAGUAAUCAUUAAAACCAUACAGGAUACCAAAAAAU